GAGCAGGCGGAGACACAGGGGGAGACACAGGGGGAGACACAGGCAAGGCAAGUUGGGAGGCACCGAGACCGCAUCUGUCGACGAUUCACAGGAAUUGGACUGAUUUUCUUACAUUUAAUCCCGAGUGAAAUCAAUGAAGGAGAGACGCUCGUGUCAGAAAUUAUCUCUGAAAUCCGGCAUGGAUCCCAGUCAGAGUGUGAAGUGUAAGAUAGUGGUGGUGGGAGACAGCCAGUGCGGGAAGACUGCCCUGCUUCACGUGUUCGCCAAGGACUGUUUCCCUGAGAGCUACGUCCCCACAGUGUUUGAGAACUACACAGCCAGUUUUGAAAUCGACACGCAGAGGAUUGAGCUCAGUUUGUGGGACACCUCAGGAUCACCAUACUACGACAAUGUGAGGCCUCUUUCCUAUCCAGACUCCGACGCCGUCCUCAUCUGUUUCGACAUCAGCCGCCCGGAAACGCUUGACAGUGUGCUGAAAAAGUGGAAGGGGGAGAUCCAGGAGUUUUGUCCCAACACUAAGAUGCUGCUGGUUGGAUGUAAGUCAGACCUGCGCACCGAUCUGAGCACACUGGUGGAGCUUUCCAACCACAGACAGACACCAGUCUCUUAUGACCAGGGCUCCAGCAUGGCCAAGCAGAUCUCGGCGCCCUACAUCGAGUGCUCGGCUCAGCAGUCGGAGAACAGCGUCAGAGACAUUUUCCACGUGGCCACGCUGGCUUGCAUCAACAAAAACAACAAAAACGUCAAGCGCAGUAAGGCCGCCCGCGGUAACAAGAGGAUUUCACACAUGCCCGGUAGGCCCGACCUGGCGGCUGUGGCCUCGGACCUCCGGAAGGACAAAGCUAAAAGUUGCUCGAUCAUGUGACUGAUCAGACUGAGGAGGAUUGGACUGAGAAUGAGGACAGAGCACAGUGGAAGCAGGAAGCUACGGGGCGACGCUCUUUCCUGCAUGCUGAAGACCCCUAAUUUGUCUGGAAAGGGGUUUUAUGAGCUUCAAUUCAUGUACAUGUUACUGGAAUACUCUGCACCAAUGAAAACUCAAUGCGUAGUAACGUCCCAAUCCAUGUGGCCCCCCACCCCACCAGACGAGGAAGCUAUCUGUCAGCAAGCUACCUGCUCGGGGAAGUGACCCGCUUCCUCUGGGAGGUCGAAGCGGAUGCAGGAUCGAGGCUUUCCGCACAACAGGAAAUGAGCGGGAGGAGUGAUGUCAUUAGGACACGCUCGUUUGUAAAGGAAGGGUUUAAGAAACAUGUGAUCGCUUGAAUGAGAGCCAAAACUGGCGAUAGGGGGUUUGCUGCGUGGGAAAAAAAAAAAGAGGAGCUACUGUAAGUGCUGGAUCAAAGACUUUUUGCUCGGAGGGCUUAUACAACAACUCGUCACUGUAGUUUGGAACUGAUUCACUCCCACCCCUGCUCCUGUAACUGUUAGUCUGCGUGCAGAGGAGAUUAGAGGAGGAAUUUCUUAGUCCUGCACAAAGGAAACAUGACGCUGUUUGUCCCCCAUCUCUGAUAUGUUGUCGGUAUAAUGUGAAGUCAUUGGUGUGUAACUGCAUCAUUGUUUUAUUUUAGCUUCAUCUUGAUGAGUUUCAACCAUGAACCGCGGAUCCUGGGAGCUGAACGUUCCCUCUGAUCACGCCUGAGUUGUUUGAGUUUAUUGCUGCACGUUUGUACCUGUCAGACCGCCAUUCUGUGCCCGUUUAUUUCACAUUAACAGCUAUAGAUACAUAACCACUGUAUGAAGACAGAUUGACCUAACUGUUCCACAGUGACAGGUUUAUGGAGUCCUCUGUAUCAUACUGGAGAGCCAUAAGUAAUACGUCUCUAGGAUUUGGCCAACAAUUCCUGUCUGUGUGAUAAACAAAUAAGGGAAUUGUGUAACUGUUUUGAAAUUAGAAAACAGAAAUAACUCACAUAACACAUUUUAAAACCCUUAAUGGGCCAAAAAAAAAACUUAAUUGACCGACAUUUGACUAAUUAUGUAAACUGAGUAUGUCCUAACAGGCUGACAGCCAGUUUGAGCUGUGAAUCUUUUUUUCCACAACACUUUAGGGAGGGAGUGGAAAUGAAAGCAACAAUUAAAGCUAGCUUAUUAAACAUCACAGCUUUCUGCUUUGCAUUUCCCCGAAGUGUUCAGACUCUGCUGUUGGGUAAAAUCCUCAGAAAGGCCCUGGUCACACCAGCAUUUAAAACGGCACAAACUCGCAGUAAAUCAAUUCUUUCCAAUUGAAUUAUUGAAAUUACCGGAUUCCCUCUUGCGUCAAGUUUAAAUUUGCUGAAUUUACACCAUUGAUAGGUAGUUAACAGUCUUGACAGUGCUGAUUAUUGAGGGAAGAGACAGCCAGAAAGAGCAAAAUGGAGGACGCUAUCGUAGCUUAUUAGCUGUGUUGCACCAUACAUCUAUUUAACCUCCCCUUCUAAGAGUAAACCACAGUUAACGGUACAAAUAACGAUCAAUUGACUAGUCUCUAUUUUGACACAUUUUGAUUGAAUAAUCCCUUCUCUUAAGUAAAAAUGCCAAAUAUUCUCAGGUUUUAGCUUCUGAAAUUAGAGGACUUGAUGCUUCUAUUUGUCACAUAUGAGAGUAAAUUGAUUUUGGUCGGACAAAUCAAGCAAUUUUAAUUCAUCACAGUGAGCUUAGAGAAACUGUAAAUUGCAUUUGCGUCGCUAUUUUUCAACAUGUAAUAGACCAGACAACUCUUAAAGUAAUUAAUUACUAGAACUGAACAAACAGUGCUGGAAACAAGAUGGCGGUGGGGAAGCUUUUGUGUUUAACUAGCGCUUGCUGGCUGGCUAGCGUGUUAGCUCACCAGCUACAGUAGUUAGCCCUCCACUUUGUAGAACAACAUAAUAUUGUGAAGACGUGCCGAUGAAUUUCACUGUGCCACUUUCUGGUGUGACCAGGCCUUGACUCAAAAUGGAUGAUUACAUUUUUCCUACAUGGUUUAACAUUUUACUGGAUAAUGUCAGUGUUUUGGGUUUCUUGAAGCUCAUUUGAAAUGCUCAUAAUGUAAACAGCUAACAGGAAAUAGAAAAUUAGACUUUCUUCAAAAGUCUUGAGAAAUAGUGUUUUUAAAAUUUGUGGUUUUCCCCC